AUGAACUUGCUUAAGAUUCUAGAUGGUACACCUGAACCGCCAAUUAUAGAUUUGCGUUUAGAAAAUGUCAAUCGAAGUGGUGAUUAUCAUCUACCGACCCCAAUGUACGAAUUUCAAAAAGAGUUGACAGACCAAAUAGUUUCGUUACAUUAUCCAGAUAUUCUUAAAUAUUGUGAAACGAAUGAUAAGAAUGACCUUAUUAUUAAAUCAUUGGAGAUAUGCAUCAAUAACUGUAUGCUUGUUAGCACGCAUCCUUAUUUAUUAAUUAACCAUUACAUGCCUAAAAAUUUGGCACUGAAAGAUAUGCUGAGCAAGUUAGCAGACACAAGCGGGAAGUUCAGCGUUCUAAAAGAUCUAAUGAAUGUUAUUAUACUGAAUACUACGAGAAAUACUAAAACUAUAGGGGUAUUUUUGAAUAAUAAUGCUAAAUUUUUCGAUUUAGUCGAAGCGUUAUUAUUGGGCUGUUCAGGUAAUAAGACAAUAAAACGUUAUGUUGGCAAUUAUGUGGAAAAGGAAUCUUCAAAAGCAAGUAAAAGUAGUGAUUCUAAUAAGCCGGUGACAAAUAUUUAUUUGUUGCCGUUUGACGGUAAGAUGACUAAGGAUGACGAGCAACUUGCACAGGCGAAGUUUGAUGCCUUGAUAGUUUUCGACAGCUAUGUCGAUACAAAUCAUGAAUUUUUCCAAAAGAUUAGGACUCAAAAUAGACGUAAAGAGGCAAUUAUAAUAAGAUUGGUUCCAAUGAGAACGGUAGAACAUUGCCAAUUGUAUUAUUCGAAUAUGACAGCGCAAAAGGAUUACUUGUACAAAAUAAUAUCGUCGAUUGUUUGUUUAAGAGAACAUAUCGGUAUUCUUCCACCUGAUAUUUUUCCUAUAUUCAAUCAGCACUUGAAAUACUUAUCUCAUACUUUUUUUGAUAAUGCCUUUAGAGGUAGUCGAAGUAACCUGUUUCCUGAAUGGCCUUUACCGGAAUUAUCAAAAAUUCCAAAAUUCAGUGCCACAGAUAUAGAAAGAUCUUUAUUAACUGAAGUGCAUUACCACUAUACACCCUACGACUCUGCAGAAGGAAAUCUGCAUAAACCACAGAAAAAAAAACAGUCUUAUUAUGAAGCUAAAAGAUUAGAGCUGGAUUAUGUGACUAAUUCUUUAAGAAAUGACUUUAAUACAUUGAUUGGUAUUUUUGGAAACGAAAGUAACAUGACAGUUAAUUCCAACAUCAAUAGAAAUAUCUUAACUCAUAAAUUAAUAACUCAAUUGAAGACCGCUUAUUUGAAUUGGAAUAUAGCUAAUGAAGAGCAUAAUACGUAUAUUGAUUUUAACAGACCCGAUAUUCAGGCAAGAGUUGGAAGACGAGAAGAAGACACUAAACAUGCAUUAUCCAAGAUCAUUGAUGACAUCGAUCAUACUGAGUCCCGCAUAUUAUUUGCAGAAAAGAAAAUAGCAAGGAAUAACCAAGAGUUGGAAUCCACCAAAGAAGAGAUGAAGAAUUUCGAAUCUAAGUUGAUUACUUUUAUUGCAGAUAAUAAUAUAACAGACGAGAAGUUAAACAAAUUCUACGAACAGCAAAUUAAAAUUUGGGAAAUUCAAGAUAAGAUAAAGGAAAAUUUGUCUAAAAUUAAUUCAAAACACGAAGAGAAAAAUUACAUGGCUAAUGAAUGCUCCAAUGCAGCAAAUUCAAUAACAGAAUCUGAACAUCAAGUUAAGGCAGCCCAAGAGCUAAAUGAGGAAUUGAAAAGAAAAAUAGCUGCUUCAACUGAGUCGGGUAUUGAUGAGCGUACGAAGUUCAAAAAACAGAAAAGAGAAUUAAUAGAAGAAAUUGAAUCAGAGAGAAUAAAGAAUAAAACAUAUCAAACGAAAUUAGGCAAGUCUUUAAAAUUCUUGAAAGAGACUUCUCAUUUAAAAAAGAGGAAAAGUAGAGGCAUUACCCCGAAUGGUAAAUAA